AUGGCAUUCGGAGGAUCAAUAGUUCUAAGCUAUCAUGAUUCUUUGCUUAGAGAAUCGGAUUUGAAAAUAUUAUGUGGUCCGCAUUGGUUAAAUGAUAAUCUCAUUGGUUUCUGGUUUCAAUACCUAGAACACGAUUUAUAUCGAGAAAAUGCAAAUCAGAUAGGAUUUAUUAGUCCAGAAGUGACUCAGUUUAUUAAAUUAGGAGUGGUGGAAGAUUUACAAAAUACUUUGUCAUCUUUAAAUAUUACAAGUAAAGAGCUGUUAUUUCUUCCCAUCAAUGAUUGUUCUUUUCAGGACAGUCCUGGAGGGUCACACUGGAGUUUGUUAGUAUACAGAGCAAGUUUUCAUAUUUUUGAACAUUACGAUUCUCACACAGGCAGUGUUAACAGAUUACAUGCUGAAAAUGUUGCCAAAAUUUUAACACCUUUUAUACUUGAGAAAGGGGCCGAGGUGGAAGUUCUCGAAAUGGAGUGUACCCAACAACAAAAUGGUUUUGACUGUGGUUUACACGUUAUCUGUAAUACCGAAGCUCUCUGUCGGAAACAGUUCGCAAAUAAUCCCAACCACGUAUCUGAUAUUGCUUCUCCAGAAUCUAACGCGGUGUGCUCUCAGGCUAAGCUGGUUUUUGAGAGAUUGAAAGAGGAUGCUAGAGAGAUGGCUAAAGAUGAAGAGUUUAAAGCUAGUAAUGGUUGGUUCAGCCGAUUCAAAAGUUGCUGUAAUUGGCAUAGCAUUGCAGAAAGUGGAGAGGAGGCAAAUGCUGAUAAAGAGGCUGCAUCUUACUAUCCAGAGAAAUUCAAGAUGAAGAUGGCUAUACCAGCCAAACCAUAUUCAACAUAG